UAAUCUAAUCCCAUCAGAGUAAGCUCAAUGUUAAUGACAUGUUUUUAACUGGUUAUCACAAUGUGGUCAACAUUGUUAAAAAAAAAAAAAAAAACAUUUUACAGAGAUAAUGAUGCAUUGGCAAGUUGAAGGCAUUAGGCCUAUCGUGUAUUUAAAUUUCAUGUUCACUGGCCUUGAGGCAUUUUUAGACCUGGACCAUGUCAAAACAGAGCACAAUGAAUUGUGGAACUUUUAAGCCUUAGAAUGCGUCCGUGGAGUCGUAGGCUGAUCGUCUACUAUGCUUAACAUAAAAAACACAACACAAGCUAAACAAGGGACUUGGAGCCUGGUUUAGCGCGGAUGAUAACCCUCAUUCCCUCACAUCUGUGUGCCCACACACUACCACGCCGCUGGUGAAAAAUGCGGAAGGUGUGGAUGGGAGUGGUUCAACCUUUACACCAAUGAUCAUAUGCGUAGCCAACGAUUGACAAUGCAGUGGCAACCAAUCGAGUCUCACAUCUGACCUGCGCAUCAAGCCCCAUUCGGUUGCUAUAUAAACGCAGCGUAACGUUCUUACAUUAGGAUUAUUUGUUGCGGGAGAGAGGGACCCACUGCGACACGGUAUCAUUCACUCGGUUGAUUAAACAUUAUGAAGGCGAUAACUCCAGUUACGUCUUUGCGGAGGACUACCCCUCUUUUAUCGGAUCACAGCGCCGCAAUCUCUCGGAACAAGACCACCAUGGAUGAUGCCCUCAGCUUGCUUUACAACAUGAACGACUGCUACACUAAGCUGAAGGAGCUGGUGCCCAGUCUGCCCCAGAACAAGAGCGUCAGUAAGAUGGAGAUCCUUCAGCACGUCAUUGACUACAUCUUGGAUCUUCAGAUUGCACUGGACUCCAGCUCCAGCGCGCUGGUGAGCCGACAGCCGAAGCCGCAACAGCAGCAGCAGCACCAGCAGCACCAGCAGAGGCAAGAGAUGUCGACCACCAGGACCCCACUUACCAACACUGAAGUCAGCAUCAUCUCAAUACAGUCCAAGGAACUUUCCACAGAAGUUACCACCGAUGAGAGUCGAGCGCUCUUUCGCUGAGGGGUGUGAGGUUUAGACGAAGAAAACAGGACCUAUUUCUGUUUUUCUUUGUCCGUUUCCUUCGUUUUAUGCCUGGAAUUCGUCUGAGCUGACAAGGAUUUCCUCAAGACCGGCGAUAAAGACAUUCUAUGUGGUGUGUGGUAUUUAUCUACGGACCUGAUAUUCUUUCUUCCAAAGGAAGAUCUCUCUCGUUUUUCACACAACAGAAGCAAAUGAAUCGACUAGGAGAGGAGAAAAGAAAAAACGAGCCUGUAAAAGCAGCUCUUGUCUUUUUUUGUUAAGACAGAGCUGGAAGAGUCCACGAGUUUGCGAAAUUAUCUCCAUAUCUCUAUAACCAUGAUGAGCAGAGACGUAAACAGACCCUGAACGUGCAUGUUCGAAGAUUGUUGUCAUUUGCAUAAAACACAGUGGUGUUUAUUACGUUGCAAAUUUUUAGAAUGGACAUUGUAAAUGGCACUUUUAUACUAAAUAAAUUAAAUAUUAGAGGUUA